CACCAAGCUUGACAACGAAAAGCCAUGGCGGACCAGGUCCUCCGGGAGAAGAGGAAACAGUUUGUCCGUUCAGUGGGCUCAGGUACCAUCAACGGCUUGCUGGAUGAACUUCUAGAGAAAAGAGUGCUGAACCAGGAAGAGAUGGAGAAAAUAAAAGUUGAAAAUGCAACUGUCAUGGAUAAGGCUCGAGCUUUGAUGGACUCUGUCCUUCGGAAAGGGCCCCGGGCGUGCCAGAUUUGCAUUGAUUUUAUUUGUGAAGAUGACUCCCACCUGGCAGGGACCCUGGGGCUCUCCUCAGGUCCACAAUCCGGAAAUUCUCAAAAUAUACAAGGACCCCAAGCACAGGUUUCUACCUACCCAGCUCUGCAGGUAAUGCAAGACUAUCCAGCUACACUCACAGCCUCAGGUCCAGGAGAAAGCCUCAGGCUUUGCCCCCGUGAAAUUGCCGAAAAGAUAAUGAAAGAAAAGGAAGCAGAGAUAUAUCCAAUAAAGGAAAGGGCAGUCCGCACACGUCUUGCCCUCAUCAUCUGCAACACAGAGUUUGACCAUCUUUCCAAGAGAAAUGGAGCUGAUGUUGACAUCAAAGGCAUGAAGAGACUGCUGGAAAGUCUGGGGUACAGUGUGGAUGUGAAAGAAAAUCUCACUGCUUCGAACAUGAAGACAGAGUUGUUGACUUUUGCUGCUCGCCCAGAGCACCGGACCUCAGACAGCACUUUCGUGGUGUUCAUGUCUCAUGGUGUUCGGGAAGGCAUUUGUGGGACAAAAUGCUCUCAAGAAUCCCCAGAUGUAUUAGAUCUCAACACCGUCUUUCGAGCCUUAAACGCUAAUCAAUGUCCAAAUUUGAUGAAUAAGCCCAAGGUGAUCAUCAUCCAGGCGUGCCGUGGUGAGGGACAAGGAGUGGCCUGGGUAAAAGAUUCAGCAGGACCUUCUGAGGAAAUCUCUUCACUGUCUCUUGAAGACUUUGAGGAUGAUGCUAUUAAGAAAGCCCAUGUAGAGAAAGAUUUUAUUGCUUUCUGCUCUUCCACACCAGAUAAUGUGUCCUGGAGAUCUCCCAUCCAUGGCUCUCUUUUUAUUAUGAGACUCAUCGAACAUUUUCAAGAAUACGCCUGGUGCCAUGACCUGGAGGAAAUUUUUCGAAAGGUUCGAUUCUCAUUUGAGCAGCCAGCAAGUAGGGCACAGAUGCCCACCGCCGAAAGAGUGACUUUGACAAGACGUUUCUACCUCUUUCCAGGACACUAAAUGAGGAGCCAGGAGUUCUGUCGUGCUGUUCCUGCUUUUGGAAAUGUGUCUGCAAGAGAAAUUUUUUUCAAAGCUUCAAUAA